CUCCUGCGCACCUUUCUCUGAUCCUAUCCCUCUCAAUACUCCACAAUCAUGACUCCCUAGAUUUCGAAACAAUUGUUUUAACUCUUGCUAAAAUGCCCAGCCUGAUUCUCGUUGCAAUAAUUCUUCUCCCCCUCCUCCUCCUCGCUCCAAUCCCCCACCUCCAAACCUGGCUCGCAACCCACCUCUCCCACGCCCUCACCCUCCUGACGCACCGGCGCAACCAGCCCAAACAAUCCCACGAAAUUGUCUCCUUACGAGUCUACCCCAUCAAAUCCUGCCGGGGCCUCACCCUCCCGCGCACCAAGCUCCUGCAGCAUGGCCUCGACCUCGACCGCCGGUGGAUGAUCGUCGACGCCACGACGCACACCUUCCUCACCAUCCGCCAAAACCCGCGCAUGACACUCAUCACAACCGCCUUAACCCCAGACACCACCGAGGCCACCGAGACCCUCCACCUCAGCAUCACCGUCCCCGCCGCCUCCUCCUCAUCCUCCCGCACAACCACCAUCACCAUCCCCGCGCACCCCACCCCCGCCUGGCUCGCUGCGCACACAACCUUAGCCACGGACAUCCGCAUCUGGGACACCACGACCGACGGGCAUAUCUACGAUGCGGCGAUCAACGCGCCCCUAAGCAACUUCCUCGGCCGCGACGUCGCGCUGGUCUACAAGGGCCCCACCCCGCGCAUCCUGCAGGGGAACGGCGCGCCCCGGCGGCUGGGCCGCGAGCAAGCGACCAACUUCCCGGACGUGCAUCCCGUGCUGCUCGCGUCGGAGGCGUCGCUGGCGGAGUUGAACGGGCGGUUGGUCGCGCAGGGCGAGGAGAAGAUCACCGUGGAGCGGUUCCGGCCCAAUGUGGUGGUGCGCGGGGAGGUGGCGUGGGAGGAGGAUACGUGGAAGACGGUCCGGAUCGGUGGGACGAAGCUGGAGUUGGAUGUCGUGGCGCGCUGCGCUCGGUGCCAGGUGCCGAAUGUGGAGCCGGCGACGGCAGUCAAACACAAAAAGCAGCCGUGGGAUACGCUCAUGGCGUAUCGGCGCGUCGAUGAGGGGAUGAAGUAUAAGCCGUGUUUUGGAAUGUUGAGUGCCCCGCGGCAGGAGGGGGAGAUUGCGGUGGGGAUGCGGUUGGAGGUGUUGGAGGAGACGACGAAGCAUCGGUAUAUUGCUGGAUUCUAAAGGGCUUGGAUGGUACUGAUUCAUAAGAGGAGUCCGUAGCGAGGGACUGGGUUUCUACAUCCGGUUCAUGACAGGAUAGUAAUGAGUCAGACUCCGCUACUACAUGCAUGUCAUGAUGAAGUGAGUCUUUCGGCUACUACUGUCUUGUUCACAGUCAAAUCUCAUUGCGAGACAGACGCAGAUUUGAGAGGAAAGCCAAGUCAAACAUAAGAGCCUACAAGCCAUCCCACACAGCGGGCGUAGCUUGUUACGUACCGUCUACAAACGGAAAGAGGGUCAAUAGAUGCAGUGUAAACCGACCACACCUCGAGCGAGACGUAGCCAG